UUUGGUGGCUCAGGCGACGACGAGGUGUGCUCAGGUAGGUACAUAACACUGAGACCCAAAACGAAACGCGUCGUUUUGAUUAGGGCUUUACGAAACGGUGCGUUUGGAAUAAGGGUAUUUGUCUCUUUGGAACAGAGUGUACUCAGAGAGCCCAGGAACACAAACAAUGGUGAGAGGAAGCAUUAAGGUUCUGAAAGAUGCGGCCUCGGGGCUCAAUAAGACCUUAUACGAGAGACUCGUCUGCCCGCUUUCUAGGCAACCCCUGAGGUUCUGUGAGGAAACGAAUUCUUUGAUCAGUGAUGCUAUUGGUGUUUCGUAUCCUAUAAAGGAUGGGAUUCCUUGCUUAGUACCAGCGGAUGGCAAGAUGCUUGAUACAGAUGCAAUAAAACGUGAAGAGGGUGGGGAAUCCUCAGGCAAGAGGAAAGCAGAUUGAGGAGGCAGAGGUAGUCACAAGAGAUCAAUUGUGAAGCUUAAGGUAUGGUCACCAAUUGAGUUUGCAAGUUCUUGUCUUCUUAGCUGUGUUUUUUAAGUCUAUUGUAAGAAUUGGCUUGUUCUUCCAUUUAUAAGGAAAUGCCGGAGGAAAGCAUGUAUGGACAUGUUCAAAAAUCUGUGUCUUAUUAUCUCGGAGGAAUCUGGUAGUGCUAGGGAGGUUCUUUUAGAUCUUUCCGAGUGGGAAACGUUUGUACUUACUGAGAUUUGUCAUAAAGUUUUGAACUGAAUAAAUUCUCAAACAAUUCCAUAUUGCAGAUGUAAACGUUUUCAUUGA